AUGCAUGUAUGCCAUACCCGAUUUGAUAUUUUGAAAGAUGGCUUGUCUUCUGCUCCGUACUAUCCGACGUCACACCUCAUGCCUGUGGGCCAGGGUGUGUCGCCCAAUGGCCUCUGCGGGCCGAGCAACAACGACUGGGCCUGCUUCAAUUCCAGCGGUUCAACUGAUGAUUAUUGUGGCGCCAACUGUGAUUCCAACUACGGUCCUUGCUCCGGGACAAUUUCGACCAACGGGCUCUGCGGCGCCGAUAAUGGAGGUUAUACAUGCUUUGGCUCCCAGUUCGGAUCGUGUUGCAGUACCUAUGGGUACUGUGGAUCUACCGACGAGUAUUGCGCAUCGGCCGUCUGCGAUAGUUCUUACGGCGGGUGUAGAUAG